UUAAUUAUAAUAUUUGUGUUGAGUGUGAAAUAAAUUUUGAAUUGAGUAGUAUUCAUUUCCGUUCACUGCACUUUACAGCACUGUAAAUGGCAGCAGACAGAGAUUUUCUGCAGCAGAGAACAAAACGUCAUCAAUUUUUGCAGUAAAGAUAAAGUGAAGUGUGUUAAUUUUUACAAAUAUUCUCUAGAAUUUGGAAAGGAAAACGCCUGCAAAAUAUCUUUGAAAAGUCCAGAAGUGUAUUAGUGUUUAAAUGCUAACGUAUUUAAGGUUUAGCUGAGUUAUUACACCAUUUUUCACGAUUUUCAAUUCUCCUACAUCUGCUCCCUCAAAUACCAACAGAUUGUCAUACUGUAAGCACACAUACAACCCUACACAACAGAGAACAAAGUGAAAUCAUUUUUGCAAACUUUUCCAGUGUUUUUUUUUUAUUAACUUGUCCACCGCCACAGUGCUGUGAAUGAUAUCUUCCGCCUCACCAGUUGGUCUGUUUGGAAGCGCUUACCAAAACCGGAGCAGCAGUAAUAGUAACAGCACCAUGCAGCAACAAGCCAGCGCCUCCGGCAGCAGCCCUUUUGCCGUCUACUCCUCCUCCUCCACCAGUCCACAAAUGGGUUUAGAUGUGGAAUUUGGCUCAGAUCCAGCAAGUGGUGCCUUCUUUCAAUCAGAGGGACGUAAACAUGAUGAUUUAAAACAAAUGCUGGAUAGUAACAAGGAUGGUCUUAAAUUGGAAGCAAUGAAACGUAUAAUUGGCAUGAUAGCGCGCGGUCGUGAUGCAAGUGAUUUAUUUCCUGCUGUGGUGAAAAAUGUGGUUUCGAAAAAUAUAGAAGUAAAGAAAUUGGUUUAUGUUUAUUUGGUGCGCUAUGCCGAAGAGCAGCAGGAUUUAGCUUUGUUGUCUAUAUCAACAUUCCAACGUGCAUUGAAAGAUCCGAAUCAAUUAAUACGCGCAUCUGCUUUGCGUGUUUUGUCAUCCAUACGUGUAAGCAUGAUUGUGCCAAUUGUUAUGUUGGCUAUACGUGACAGUGCUAUGGAUAUGAGUCCAUAUGUACGUAAGACUGCAGCGCAUGCUAUACCUAAACUAUACUCACUGGAUCCAGAACAAAAAGAAGAAUUGGUGACAGUUAUCGAAAAGUUACUCUCCGACCGUACAACGCUUGUUGUUGGUUCGGCGGUAAUGGCGUUCGACGAGGUAUGUCCGGAGCGGGUUGAUCUUAUACACAAAAACUAUCGUAAACUAUGCAAUUUGCUAGUCGAUGUAGAUGAAUGGGGUCAAGUGAUUAUAAUUAAUAUGUUAACACGUUAUGCGCGCACCCAAUUUGUUGAUCCCAACGCAGAAGAAGCUGCUGAUGAUACUAAUAGACAAAAGGAAGAUGGAAAGGAAAAUUUUUACGAAGAUUCCACUACUGGCGAAUCAUCCGAUGAAAGUGGCAAUGAAAAGCAUGAGAAAAACAAAACUAAAUCUAAGUCGGAUACUGCAAAUGAACGCACUUAUUCCUCAUCGUCAUCGUAUCAUGUAGAUUUGGACCAUCGCCUACUCUUACGUCAAACUAAACCACUACUACAAUCCCGCAACGCUUCAGUUGUAAUGGCUGUGGCUCAAUUGUAUCAUCAUGUGGCACCACGUAAUGAGGUACAACUAAUUGCCAAAGCACUAAUACGUUUGUUGCGUUCACACAAAGAGGUACAAAGUGUUGUGUUGACUUGCAUUGCAUCAAUGUCGACCAAGCGCAAAGUGAUUUUUGAGCCACAUAUUAAGUCGUUCUUUGUGCGAACUAGCGAUCCAACGCACAUUAAAUUACUCAAAUUGGAUAUACUGACCAAUUUGGCAUCGGCAACGACUAUUGCACUGAUUUUACGCGAAUUCCAAACGUACAUUUCCAGUAGCGAUCGUUCAUUUGUUGCUGCGACAAUACAGGCUAUCGGUCGUUGUGCCGCAUCCAUAAAGGAGGUGACUGAAACUUGUCUCAACGGCUUAGUUCAUUUACUCUCCAAUCGUGAUGAGCACGUUGUGGCCGAGAGUGUGGUUGUUAUAAAGAAUUUACUGCAAUCCAAAUCUGCGGAGCAUUUUGAAAUCAUCUCACAAAUGGCAAAACUGAUUGACUACAUUACCAUACCAGCAGCGCGCGCCUCAAUAUUAUGGCUUAUUGGCGAAUAUAACGAGAAAGUGCCGAAGAUAGCGCCAGAUGUACUGCGUAAAAUGGCCAAAACAUUUGCUGAUGAGGAGGAUGUUGUUAAAUUACAAAUACUAAAUCUUGGCGUGAAAUUAUUUCUCUCUAAUCCACAACAAACAUCGCUACUCAGCCAAUACGUUUUUACCUUGGCCCGUUAUGAUCCCAACUAUGACGUACGCGAUCGCGCACGCUUUUUACGCCAAUUUAUUUUCCCAGCCAAUGGUCGCACUACUGUACUCUCCGAAAAUGCACGCAAAAUCUUUCUCUCUUCAAAACCUAAACCCGCUUUGGAGAGCAAAUACUGUGAGCGUGAUCACUAUCAACUUGGCUCGCUAUCGCACUAUUUAAAUAUGCGUGCAACUGGUUAUAAGGAUUUGCCACCAUUUCCCACAGAAGCGCCCGAUACGUCGGUACGUAACAUUGAGGGUUAUAUGCAGGAAUCUAGCCCUACAGCUGCAGGCGGCGCAUCUGGUAGCUCAACAUGUGGCGCUGCCUCGCGUUCGCCACAAAAGCAACAGAGCAACAGGAAUGCACAUGCAAAUAAUGAUAAGAAUUUCUUCUCAGAAUCAGAGAAAUCUUCCGCAUACUCAGGGUCUGGCUCUAGCGGUAGCUCGUCGUCAUCGUCAUCGAGUGAUGGUGAAUCCUCUGAAUCGGAAACAGAUCAGGUGAAUGAUGUAGCUGCUGCCAAAACACAAAAACAGUCUAAAGAGGACGAGGUCAAGCAGUCGGCUACUAACGUGUUGGUUAACGCGACGACCAGCAAUGGCAACAACAAUAUACACUUGAAUGCCAAUGAUAACGGUAACAACGAAAGCGGAGGCACAUCCGACAGUGAAUCUUCCUCAUAUGGCUCAUCUGAAACUAGCACAGAUAGUGGUUCAAACUCGGAGAAUGGCUCAGAAUCUUCCGAAUCGGAGACAGAGAGUGAAAAGAAACGUAAAUUUCAACGUGUCAAAGAGAAAGCCAAGGAAGCAAAGUUGAAAGAGAAGGAAAAAACUACGGUUGUGCAAGAGACUGCCACCGCUGCAGCGUCAACGAAAAGUAAUUUGGAUCUGCUGCUCGACCUAGAUGACAUACCGCCCGUAGGUCCAGUUAUGACGCCAUCACUUGGUGGUUUUCUAACACCUGCUACGCCACUAGGUGGUGCCGUAGGCCUCUUGCCCAUCAGCGCCGCCAAUCGCAUCGAAUUGGUCGGCCCUUCACACAUCGAAUUCAAGCAUCGCGAAUUGCUGAACAAACUCUCUGGACAUGGUUUGCAAGUCAGCUAUCGCUUUACGCGUGCACCACAUCUAUAUUCCUCCGCUAUGGUUUCAAUAGAGCUACAAUUCUUGAAUUUAUCCAAUAAUGAAAUAACCAAUAUACAUCUGAGCCAACAACAGUUGCCUGCCGGUAUGAAUCUCAAUGAGUUUGCACCACUGCAAUGCCUGCAACCCCAACAAAUGGGCACCAGUGUGCUUGGCAUUGACUUCAAUGAUUCCACGCAUGCGGUUGAGCUGGAAAUCAGUUCAAGCGCCGGGAAGUCGCGCGUAACACUCAAACCGCCGGUGGGGGAAUUGGUUCGUUCAGUGCAGAUUAGCGAAACGUAUUUUAAGGAAGAACGUACCAAAUUACGUGGCAUGAAUGAGCAUCAGAGUCGCUUGCAAUUGAGGCACGACGCAGUGGAUCUUGCGGCCAUUAAACAACGUAUAUUUGAAUGUAUUAAUGUAGCAUACAUUGCCACCGGUGAUGCCAACAAGGAUGUGUUGCAUUUUGUGGGUCAAACAAUGAAUUCGAAAAGUCUGGUUUUAAUUACUUUGGAUUGGCAAGCAGCUGAAGGUGAGCAGCUGAGCUUGUUGGUGAAUUGUGAGAAGAUGGUGAUUGGAUCGAUGGUUUUGAAUGAGUUGCGGAAUGCGCUCAGUGUGACAUUUCAAUGUUAGGAGCAUUCCAAUGGAGAGGCAAAGAGGAGGAGCUUUUAAAAUGGCAUAAAAUUUAAUUUCUUUUAUAUACAUAUAUAUUCUAAGCAAAAGUUUAAUGAACAAACUAAAAGAAGAACAUACAUACAUGCGAUGUAAGCCAGAAAUAAAAGAAUUUAGUUGAAAUAAGACUAACUGUGAUUUCGGCAUGAUGAUACACGGCAUAAAUUCCAAAUUAUCAACGAAAUUGCUAUGCAAAGAAAAAGCAUAAAUAUUCAAAUAUAUUAUAUAAAUUUAAAAAUAAAAAGGAAAAACGUAAAAGUUCGAAUAGAAUUCAAAUAUUUCAAAACUAUUUAGUGCAGUAAGCAAAUGCUUAACAUCAAAAAAUAUUCAGUGUAUAGAUAUCACGGCGCUUUUAAAGAAUUUAGGACUGUUCUUAAAAAACAUAAUGCAUACAUAUACAUUUUUCAUUUAAUUAUAUUAUAUUUUAUAUCCAGCGUUUUAACAUAAGCCCGAAUAAAUGAAAUAAAAAUAAAAAAAUUUGCAUGCAAAUUUUGAUCAAUUGCAAAGCAAAGUUGAUGUUAAAAUGGAAGAAAAUUUAGGUAAAAGUUGAGCAAAAUAAUAAAGUUUUUUAAUUAUU